GGCAACUGCGGACGACAGCUCAAAAUGUCCGGGAAAGACUUUGAAUCUCUAGAGAAAGUUCUGGAGGCACAUUUACCUGAAGCAGAGCUCAAAGAGGCCAGAAGACUGCUAUUCGGAAAAGAGCUGAAGAAGCUGGACCUUCCCCGGAGUGCAAUAGAUGCUGCAGGGCAGCAGGAUUUUGAUCUGAAGGGUUAUGUGUUUGAAGCUUCUCCAGAGCAGCUCAGACCACCCAGAAUGGUCCGUGUGGGACUCAUUCAAAACAAGAUAGUGCUACCGACUGAUGCCCCUGUGCUUGAACAGAUCACAGCUCUACACAAGCGUGUGGGGGAGAUGGUCGAGGUGGCGGCCAUGUGUGGGGUCAAUAUUGUGUGCUUCCAGGAAGCCUGGACAAUGCCUUUUGCGUUUUGCACACGAGAGAGGGAGCCCUGGACAGAGUUUGCUGAAUCAGCUGAGGAUGGGCUCACCACACGCUUUUGUAUUCAAUUGGCCAAAAAGCACAACAUGGUGGUGGUGUCUCCUAUUCUGGAGAGAGACGAGAUCCACGGCGGCACACUAUGGAACACGGCAGUGGUGGUGUCCAAUAAUGGCAAUGUGCUGGGCAAAACACGGAAGAAUCACAUUCCCCGAGUUGGAGAUUUUAAUGAAUCGACGUAUUAUAUGGAAGGCAACACUGGUCAUCGUGUCUUCCAAACACAGUUUGGAAAGAUUGCUGUGAACAUCUGCUAUGGUCGACACCACCCUCUCAACUGGCUGAUGUACAGCGUUAAUGGAGCAGAGAUCAUCUUUAACCCCUCAGCCACCGUCGGGCUGCUCAGUGAACCAAUGUGGCCGAUUGAGGCCAGAAAUGCAGCCAUCGCAAACCACUGCUUCACCUGCGCCAUCAACCGUGUGGGAACGGAGUAUUUCAAGAACGAGUUUACAUCUGGAGAUGGAAAGAAAGCGCACCAUGACUUUGGCCACUUCUACGGCUCCAGCUACAUGGCUGCACCCGACGGCAGCAGAACUCCAGGAUUAUCCAGAACCCGUGAUGGUCUGCUGGUGGCAGAACUGGACCUGAACCUCAAUCGCCAAGUUGCAGACAAGUGGAACUUCAAGAUGACCGGGAGGUAUGAAAUGUACGCAGAGGAGCUCAAAAAAGCCGUCCAGCAUGACUUCAAACCCAAUGUUAUGAAAGAUUGAGCCGAUCAGAAAAAGCAUGAGCUAAAAAAAUCCCAUUAGGAAAAAGUGUUUGUUUGUUAUUCCUAAAUAAUCAGAAUGAUGCAUUCCAUUAAAAUACAAAUCCAACUUUUAUUCAUCUCUUAAA